ACACAUGUUCAUUAUUGCAUCUAGACAUUCACUGCAUCACAUAGUGCGACACGAGGAGGGACGCUGAUUUCGGCUUCAGUCAAACCUGUUUGCUUGCUUGCUGUGCUGUGGAUGUUUUAUAAGUGGACACGUUCAUGCAUCUUUGUUUGCAGAAAAGGAAAUAAUGCAAGCCGUAUAGGGAUGUGUUUGAAUCGUCACAAAGCUCGCCAAUACGCAACAAUCAGCUUCCUCAUUUAGAGGUAGAACUUACAUCCGGAAAGGAGGACCUAAGCACAAGAGGAGAAAGUGGCUGGCGUGUUUGUGUUUCCUGAUGGCGGUGAUGUAUGGGGCAAGGCAGGCGAUGCGUUUGCGUAGGUAACGCACCACUGAUCACUAGUUGGUUUUUCACCCUGAGCCGUCAAGCGAGAAGGCCAAUUGGCAAUUUUUUUUUUGCCUCCAUGUGAAAUUGAUGCAUAACUAAAAAAAAUUGUCAGUGCGGUAGCGAGGUCUAUUGUGUGGUCCUCGCCUGUUUGUGUGGAUUUUUUUUUUAAUACACUCUGUUUGUGUGUGGGGAGUAGCAAAAGGGCAGAGAAAGGCUAUAAACUACAGACAGGAGUGACGCCGCUUCAUAGCUCCACUGCAGAUUCAGCCAAGUCUCAUGAAUGAGGAAUACAAGUGCGCAGUGACAAGUCUUUACUGUGAUAAGUACAUCGGUCUCGCGCGUUGUAACAUCUCACCAGAACUUCAGAAGGAUACUAAAAUAUGUAACUUGUAUCUACGAGUGACAGGUUGAUAGCCAAUUUUUUUUUUUUAAAUUCUAUUUUUAAAGAUGAACGGGCAACGAAGCGAGACGUGUUUAAAUUGGUGCUCGGCGGACUGGGAAAAAAGCUCCAUCACCACACGGGAUACAGAGAAGAGAUGUGAUUGCACACACACUACAGCGGUGAUUGGCACAGGUAGUAGGCAGGACUGUCCUCAGCGGGCGCGUCUGGAGAAUCACCGCGGGGGGAGUGAGGAUAGGGACGGUAGUUGCUGCAUCAAAAGGACCGGUGGUGAUAGGAGUAGUGGACUCCUUGUGACCAGGAGGUCGGGUAGGCUUUGUCAGUCGUGUGCCACCCGGGGUAGCGGCCCCGAUGCAGGGACCGGUAUGGCCGGCAGGUUAACCGCCGGAACCACCGCCGCUAGGCCCACCUGGCGCCAGGCCAAGGGGAUUCGUCAGCAAGGACACGGGAGUUUUCAUUCCCAAUCGGGCGCGUUACUUUGCCUUCACAGAUGGAUGUCUACGACACGAGUCUUCUCCCGAGGCUGGAUAGUUUAUCUUUUCUGCUACCUCAUACUUUUUAAUAGCGCUUUGUCUCUAUCACAUGCGUUGGAGGAUCCACGCCAGUCAAAUCACAAGUCCGAUGGAACGAAAGGCGGUGCCAAGACGGUGGAAGAAUUCUUACAGAAGAACUUCCCAGAGAGAUUCAACGAAAGCGACGAUAUGUUGUCUGAAAUCCAGAGUGACAGUGCUAUCAAUAACAGAGUCAGACUAGGAAGAGCAGGUGGCAAAUUCCGAGCGGCUUCCACAAACUACAACAUGAAACUGAUCGACAAGGAGAGCGCGCGGGCAAGUUGCCAACCACGUGACACUGUCCUGGAUAGCUACGAGGAGCUGAACAUCCCCAAGGGUUACGACACCAAAGUCUUCCCAGAAUGCAUCGUGGUCCGGCGCUGUAAAAAUGGCGGCUGUUGCCGUGACGACCAGGAGUGCGAACCGCGCAGCAACGGCAGGCAAAAUGUUUCUAAACUGUUCCUGAUCAACACCCGGAUAACCACGCGGUACAUCGAGGAGGACAUAGACUGCGAGUGCGUGGAGAAACCUGACUUCUGCUCCCCACCUGAGACGGACUGCCCAGCUGGCAAGAUCUGGAGCUACGGUCAGUGCGGCUGCAUCUGUAGUUAUCGCUGCCCCAAACCCUUCCUACAGGACGAGUCCACGUGCGCAUGUGACUGCCUGACCAACAACCGAGUCUGCAAGAACAUACAGCGGGGACGGAAGGAUCAAAGAAUCGUGGCUGAAGAGUGCGAAUGUAUAAGGAGAGGAAUGUGCGGCAUCCCCAACUGCGCCAACGGCCGAUUUUCCUCCAGCAAAUGCAAGUGUGUUCAGGAGGAGAGGCGGUGGAGUUAGCUUCACAUCACUAACUAGGGAAUACACACAGGACAGUUAGCUCCGCCAUGUUGGAAUCCAAAGCGAGACUGCACAUCCAAAGCGAGUGAGCGGGGGCUAAUUGCCCGUUCAGCCUCUCUGUCAAAUUCACAGGGCCCAUUGAAGAACUAUUAUUUGCCUGGUGUUGUGUUGCAUGGACGGGCUAUACUGUGUGUCAUGAUGGUAGUGUUAGGCUAUACCUAAGAUACAGCCGGCCAGUUCUAUUAUCUUAAGAGCAUAAUAGGACCUGCCAGCAUAUGGAGAAUAGCCAACAGUUGGGCAGUCUGCCUCCUGCAAGAUUUGUUUCCAUUUUAGAAAAUCUCAGUGUCCAAUCCCCUCAUAUAACCUUCUUUAACAUUAGCUGCAAACAUCACAGAAAACAAAACACGAGAUGGCAGGCCAACAGACCAUAGACCAAAGCAUUUUCGGGUGUCAUGCACAUUCUACAGAACAACAGGCUUGUACCACUGCAAAAUAAAAGGCAUGACAACAGCAUUUUGCCUUAAUACAGACAAUUUGGCUACAUUGUUGUAUAGUCCAUAUGCAACAACGCAUCAGGUACAUACUUUCUACUGGACUCCUGUAUAGCUCACGACAUGACAAGCAGCUAAUGCUGUAGAUAAAAUAGCCCCAAAUUAUAUGUGUACUUAUUAUAAAGGAUCUCGUAAUGAAGAGAUGGCGUGGGAUAUGUAAUGGUGCUUAUAGGUAUUUCAACAUUAUUUUUUAUCAUUGUUUUCAAUACAAUUUCAUAUGUAUUCUGUAUAUUCUGUUAUGAAAUGUAAUUAUUGGUAAGAAAGUAUGAGCUCUGAAGUCGCAUUUUAAAAUGUAAAAAUUACUCUAUAGUUAAAAUAGAAAUACUAAAAACAUCAAAUGUGUACUCGUAAUCGUAUCGAAAGCAUCAAGUAACAAGAAGUACUUUCAUAUGUCAGAUAACAGAUUGUAAGUAUAAAGUAACGAAAUACUUAUGUAGGAAGAAGGAAUCAGAUUUUGGGGCAUUCCCAAAAGAAUUGCAUUCUUAUUUUCUGACCCUCACGGUUGCAUAUAAACCUAUCCAACAUGUUUCUAAAUCUACUGCUACAUAAACAUUACUUGGCAAACUUCCUGUAAAACUUUCUCUGCAUAUAAGAAGGAGGUACUUUACAAGUCGAAAUGCGAACACUUGAGGGCGCACGUUCUACUUUAUGGACAAAACAUAACCAUGUGACUACUUCGGUAGCAAACACAAAUCGGCGGGAAGCGGUUGUCACUUUUAGCGUUGUGUGUGGUGAGAUAUGUGACAACACGAGUUACUACUCGUGGGUAAAUAUUGGAGCUUGCUCAAGCUGAACUUCACUGACGCUACAAAUCACAAAUGAAGACUUCAGUUUCAGGUAAUUCUUGGUUUUCAAACUGAUUUUCAAGUGCAAACACUCGGCAACGGAUGCGCCGUAUAAUUACGACACCACAUCUACCGCACGUGGCAAUGAGCAUGUCCGAAGCGCAUGUUGUAGAACUACCUGAGCCUGAAUAUUAAGUUUGGUUUGGAAAAAGUCUGCUUGCUAAAACAUUAUGUCCAUGCGUAGGCCUACGUCAGGUUAUUGCAAUGUCGCGUCGACUUAAUUUGGACCGUAGUUCAACACGAUAUCCGUACCGUGCGCAGUAACGGGGCACGGAAUGAAUUCUGAGUCAUGUUACACCUGUUGAGCGUGUGACUUGUUUCAUUUCAUUUAUAAUAUAUUUCUUUAGCACAAGUCGACUUUCCUUUGGGCUAGAUAUAUCUAACAAGCCUUAAUUAAAAUACUAAUUCUUUUGUGACAAGAACGGUUAAUUUUGUCAAAAGUGCACCACGUCAUUAUUUAAAAAAAAAUAGAAUACAGAGAUGUAAUUUUAUUGUUCAUUAUUUAUACAUUUUCCUGAGGUACUUUUCCUGAGUUUUUAAAUGUAUUGACUUAUUUUCCAGUGUCUUUAUUUUGAAUAAUGCUAGACAUGCACAAUUUGACAGCUUAUUGCAACGGUUUAACAUUGUACAGUACAGUGCAUUCAUAUAAAAAUAACCUGUUUUAUAUUUGAAUCACACAUAAGGCUAAUUAGUAGUAUAAUUAUGAUAUUAAUUCUUGUUAGAUAAAGCGUUUCGGCGCUUCGUCAGCCUAAUUUGUUUUCUAACGUUUGCAUUGAUUGUAAUGAAUUUGUAUGCAAAAUCUAAAAAGGUCUUUGACGCACUUUAAUAAUAACCCAAAUCAGAGUAAAAAUGAUCAAAAGUCUUACAAUUUUUGCCAAGAUAGGCGGCGUGUUACCUAAACAUCUUCGGUUACUAAAAUUGCUUCUGCGGUUUAUAAUAAUAUAUUUCACCCUUCUGAGUGCGACAACACUGGACGUAAUGGACCAGUUAAUGAGAUGUAUAUAUUUAUUCUUCCAAUAUCUGUAACGACUUGUACAUGUGCAUGUAUUAUAAUAUGGGUGAAAACCUAUUCAGGUUUUCCGGGUGAUAAUGUACAUGUACAUAAUGAGAAAUAUUAUUAGUAUUAUAUUAUUACAAUUGAUUUGUUGUAAAGUGGUUGUUGAGGAUUAUUUGGAGAUUUUAGCACAGGCAAAUGGGACUUAACUAAGUCCUCUAAGAAAUACAGUCAUUUUUUUUUUCAAGUUAAAGGGCACUUAGUAGUGAGUUUUUUUUAUUUAUUUAUGGUUUGUUUGAAAAUGUUUUGGUAAAAAAAUCUUCCAGAGAUUUUUCUACAUUCUGCAUAAAGUAUCGCUUUAUUACUCUUUACAUGAAAGUUAGGUUAUAUACUUGCCUUUAGAAAUGUUACAAAAUGCUUAAAUACUAUCAGUGAGUGUUUAUCGUUAUCCAAUAUUGACUCAAUAAACAUACUUUUGUACCAUGUAUAAUUAAUAGUUACGGUGAAAUACAGAAUUUGUCCUUCAGAUCGUCGUGAUUUUUAAUGUGCACCAUGCAGUGAUGAACAUAAAGCAUCAUUUCCAUUGAUAAAUGUUAUGGGAUAGGAACAUUUCGGUUUACAUCCAGCAAUGACAUCCAUUCUUAUAAUAAAAAAGGAUGCUCUUUGACAUCAAUACAAAACA